CAUCACCAUAUUUGCCUCGCACAUUUAAACAUGUGACGCAAUUGACAGUUUUAAGCAUUAAAAUUAGUCAUUUGCGUCGCAGAAUUACUAAUCUGCGACGCAGAUGACUCUAAGAUGUUCUUAAAGUCAUUUGCGUCGCAGAUUAAUAAUAAUGCGACGCAAAAUAUUACCUCCUUUGCGUCGCAGAAUUACUAAUCUGCGACGCAGAUGACUCUUAGAGUCAUCUGCGUCGCAGAUUUACUAAUCGGCGACGCAAAGGAGGUAAAAAAAUUUCGGUUUCUAAUUAAAAUUUAAUUAUUACCUUUUCCUUUUCUUUUUUAAUUUGGUGCGACGCCCUGCUCCCAUUCCCUUUCUCCCUCAUACAUUUCCUGCCUCCCCAAACUCUUUCUCUCUCAUAAUUUCCAGAUCUCCAUUGUUGAAAUUCCAAAGCUUCUCUGUCUCUCCUUCAGAAUCAGUAUCGAGCUUUCCCUUCAAAGUCUCCUCUCACCAAAUCAUCCCAAUAUCUCAAAUUUGUUUUAAAAUUCAAGCUUAGCGAAUACGAAGGAGGCAAACCCAGAUCUGAAAGCGAUGACGUCUUCAGCCGGAUUUCAAGCCGCAUUCUCUGCAAACUCCAGCUCUGAGGUGGAUGACUCGGCGGCGACUCAUCUGGGUGCGGUGGAAGUGGGGCUGAGUUUUUGGGGAAUCUGUUGAGUCGACUCAGACCGAGUUGGUCCCGAGUUACACCGCCAUAACAACGCCGAAGUGUUGGUGCUGGAGUUUCGGUUUUUAUCGCCACCGACCUUGAAUACCUUGUUUCGAUCUAAAGUCUGAACUCAGCCCAUAGAACAGUAGAGGAUGUAGAACUUGGACCAGACUGGGACCAGAAAGCCAACAGCCUGCUGCGUAAACAUUUUGGGUACUCCGGGUUGAAAAGUUUUCAAAUGGAAGCUCUUGGUGCUUGGUUUUCUCAGCAAGACUGUCUUGUUCUUGCAGCAACAUGGUCUGGGAAAUCUCUGUGCUUUCAGCUACCUGCGCUUUUGACAAGGAAGGUCGUGGUCGUGAUUUCUCCAUUGAUAAGCUUGAUGCAUGACCAGUGCUUAAAGCUAUCAAAACAUGGCAUCUCUGCAUGUUUCCUUGGAUCAGGACAACCAGAUAACACCGUUGAGAAGAAAGCAAUGAACGGCAUGUAUUCCGUUGUAUACGUUUGCCUCGAAACACUGCUUAGCUUUCACUGUCUGAUGAGGUGUAUAAUGCAUACUAAUAAGUCCACUUCAGAGGCUUGCGGAGAACCGUGGAAUAGCUUUAUUUGCCAUCGAUGAAGUACAUUGUGUUUCAAAAUGGGGACAUGACUUUAGACCUGAU